GAGUUUUACCGCAGGAGAAAGUGACAUUUUACUCAUCAACCAAUUCAGACAGUGCUCCAAAGUUUUUUUCUCAGUUUUCACCAAGAAAUUCAUCAAAAUAAUUCAUAAUGUCUUCCAGGAAAACUGCCGGACGUCGCGCAACGAAUAAGAAGCGUGCUCAAAGAGCUACUUCUAAUGUCUUUGCCAUGUUCGAUCAAGCUCAGAUUGCUGAGUUUAAGGAGGCUUUCAAUAUGAUUGACCAGAAUCGUGAUGGUUUCGUGGAGAAGGAAGAUCUUCACGAUAUGCUGGCGUCUCUGGGCAAGAAUCCAACAGAUGAUUACUUGGAGGCCAUGAUGAAUGAGGCUCCGGGCCCAAUUAAUUUCACAAUGUUCCUGACGCUCUUCGGGGAGCGUUUGCAGGGAACUGAUCCGGAGGAUGUCAUCAAGAAUGCCUUUGGCUGCUUCGACGAGGAGAACACAGGGCUCAUCUCGGAGGAGAGACUCAGGGAGCUCUUGACAACGAUGGGAGAUCGAUUUACAGAUGAUGAUGUUGAUGAAAUGUUCAGGGAGGCACCGAUCAAGGAUGGUCUCUUUGACUAUUUGGAGUUUACGAGAAUCCUCAAGCACGGAGCCAAGGAUAAGGAUGAACAGUGAAAAUCCAGCAUUGAAGAUUGUGGAAAAAAUGUCGAAUGAACACUUUUUAAUAUUUUUAUACACCCCUAAUUUCAGUAUUUAAUUGCACUUUUAAUGUACUUCUUCGGAAGUAUUUCUUCAUUUGUUAUACUUUUCUAAAGACAAAUCCGCCAAAAUUGCAUUUUCCUCUCCGAAAGAUUGGACAUAAAUAACUAACAAUUUUGUUUAAUUAAAAAAAUAUAUAGUUUUAAAAAAAUGUAUAUGAAUUUAUUGGAUUUUUUUGUGUAAGAGGACCCUAUUAAAUUUUAAGAGAAAAAUAAA